AUGCCGCCCAACAGGAAGGGGAAGGGCAGAGGGGCGGAAGGAGAUGGCGACUUGAGGGAAUCGCUGCUGGGGGGAAUUGGGGCCGAGGCGGAAGUGGGCAGCUCUGGACCCGGGACGCUUGUGGACAACAGCAAGGAUGAGGGGCCGCUGCAGGCCCUCAUUCAGGCGAUUGUAGACGCCUGCAAUUGCGUCAUAGCUGCUCUGUUGGGCUCCUUGUCGAUGAUAUUUCCAGAUCGAUCGCCCCAGCUGACGGUUGUCCAGGGAAGGCGACUCAGGAGUCUUUGGCAACGAAUCAAAUUGCCUUACGACGCCUCUGAACCUGAACAGCAGGAAGCACUGGAAAGGCUGUGGCGAGCAAGUUUCCCUGAGAUGGAGUACUGUGGGUCCAGGUCGCCUCAAUGGAAGGAAAUGGGAUGGCAGGGAGAAGAUCCAGGCACUGACUUCAGGGGCGGUGGGUACCUCGCGCUGCAAAACCUUCUGUACUUGGCUGAGGACAACAGGGACACAUUCCAGCAACUUAUGACCAAGACAGUGGGUCAAAGAUCAGAUUGGGAGUACCCGUUUGCAGUUGCAGGCGUCAACGUCACUUUCACCCUCACUGGUGGGCACUCAUUGUGCUGCUUGUGUUGUCUGUCUGCUCAUUCACUUGUCCCUGUUCUGGACACACUUCUGUUCUAUGCUGUCUGCAGAAAUUUGUGGCAGUGGAAUGGCGAUCGUGACAUUAUCAGCAUUUUCUCAAGUACUCGAAUCCCUGGACUUCCAAACUAUCCAGGUGUUGUUGUUGGUAGUAAUUGUUACCAGGGACAGAAGCUUCUUUGUGUUUGUUGCUGCCAUUCUUCAAGCUGUCAAGGGCUUUGGGGCAACACUUGCAGCAUGCUGGCUCCCAGACGAACAAGGCAAGUUGUGAGGGAGAUCAUGCUGAGCAUGGCAUUGUGGCGCCCAGAAUCGCUGGAUCUGAGGAAAGAGCCUCAGCCGCCAUCUUCCUCCUCUGGACGGGGCUUCCUAAAGCUGCUGGACACAAGUGAAAAUGCUUUUGAGGAAGUGUACGUGGUGACGUUUGAGCUGUUGGAUGCGACAUGGCUGGAGAUGAAGGCGUCGUACAUGGAGUUCCCAACGGUCAUGGCGCGGGUGCGCAGACAGCUGGAGGAGGCUCUCAGCAAAAACCCUGCGGACGUGCAAGAGCUCAGGCGGCUGUUGUCUCUUUGA